AUGGCUACCCCAAGUGUCCUUACCUUUGAUGCUGAGGGCCGUGCCGUUGACUUUGAGGUCUGGGUCGAUGACCUCCAGCUGUUUCUCCAGUGCGAUAGGGUAGACGGACUCUCUCUGUUCGAUCUCACCUCUGGUGUCUCUCCUGCCCCGCCUGCUACUGCUGACAGCACUAUUCGCUCACAGUGGGCCACACGCGAUGCUGCUGCUCGCCUUGCUGUGCGUCGCCACUUACCGACCGCUGAGCGUGCACACUUUAGCCAGUACAAGAGUGCUAAGACCUUGUACGACGCUGUAGUUGCACGCUACUCCUCCCCUGCCACUGCUGCUCUUAGCCGCCUCAUGCUGCCGUACCUGUUCCCUGACACUGCUGCCUUUCCCACAGUUGCUGACCUCAUCACUCACGUUCGCACUAGUGAGAUUCGCUACCGCGCUGCGCUUCCUGCUAAGUUUUGUGCCAAGAACCCCCCCCCCAUGUACAUGACCCUCUACUACAUAGUCACCCAGCUCCCUGACUCCCUUCGCUUAGUCAGGGACCACUUCCUCUCAGUUUGCCCCACCACACUUACCGUCGACCUCCUCGAGGAGCGCCUCCUAGCAGCAAAGAAGAGCAUAGUCGUUGUAGGAGCCUCUCGUGGUGACCCUCGCACCCCUGUCUUUGAGAGUCGGUCGGCGCUACGUCUGCCCCGAGCGGGAGACGCCGCACCGGCAAGGGCAAGGGGGGCAAGGGCGCUGGAGGGGAUGGCGGGGGCGGUGGAGGUGGUGGUGGAGGCAGUGGAGAGGGUGGGGAUGGUGGUGGGAAUGGUGGCGGGGGUGGAGGUGUUGGUGGCAGCAGUGGAGGCGGAGGAGGCGGCGGCGGUGGCGGAGGGAGCGGGGGCGGCGGAGGUGGUGGAGGCGGCGGAGGUGGCGGAGGCAGCGGAGGUGGCGGGGGCGGCGGCGGCAGCAGUGGACCUGGUCGCGGCUCUACCCAGAGGAGUGGAUCCAGUGGUGGUCCGCGCCAGCAGCAGCAGCGCAGUCGUGAGACCCUGUCCCCUGAGCAGCUUCGUGAGUGGUGAGGCUGCUGCUCUAGGUGCUAGUGCGUCUGCUGCCCCAGGUGCUGGUGAGUCCGCUCUCUCAGGUACUACGUCGGCUCAGGCCUUACACACCUUCACCCUUGACUCGGGUGCUUCCCGCUCCUUCUUUCGAGACCGCACAACGCUUACGCCGCUUAGUCGGCAGGUUGCGGUCUCCCUGGCGGACCCCUCUGGGGGCCCUGUCCUUUCUUGCUUCUUCACUGUCUUACCGUGUCCGGCAGCUCCCUCUGCCACCCUGUCAGGUCUCUACCUCCCCUCGUUCUCUACAAACUUGACUCUCCUUUGGCACCACCGCCUUGGUCACCCCUCUCUACCUCGUCUCCGAGGCAUGGCCUCCCGUGUCCUUGUCUCUGAUCUCCUUCGGUCUCUCCCUCCCCUACCUCCGGGGCCUGCCCCUACCUGCGUCCCCUGCGUCAAGGGGCGACAGCGCGCCGCCCCUCACUCCUCCGAAUUUCCUCCGACAGAGGCUCCGUUGCAAACUCUUCACAUGGACGUGUGGGGCCCUGCCCGCGUCCGUGGCCAGGGGCACGAGCGUUACACCACGGUCUUCCCCUUGCGCAGCAAGGGCGACGUCACUAAGGUUGGCAAUGCGACUGCCUUUCGGGUCUGGGGAUCUUGGGCGUUUGUCCGCGACUUGUCUGCGGACAAGCUGUCCCCCCAUGCUGUUCCCUGCGUCUUCCUUGGCUUCCCCCCCGACGCGCCUGGUUGGCAGUUUCACCACCCCACCUCGCGCCGUGUUCUGUCCUCCCAAGACGUCACCUUUAACGAGUCGGUGCCUUACUACCGUCUCUUCCCCUACCGCACUGCGCCCCUCCCCCCGCCGCCGUUCUUCCUUGCGCCAGGUCCUCCCCCAGUAGACCCCCUCCCCCCUCAGGGUCCUGCCCCGUCAGGUGUGUCCCAGGUAGACGCAGUCGAGCUUGUCGAGGUAGCUGUUGACUCUGGUGCUGCUAGAGGUGCUGAGCCUGGGGGUGCUGAGUCUGGGGGUGCUGAGCCUGGGGGUGCUAAGUCUGGAGGCGGGAGCCACUCUCUCCGCAGGAGCUGCGCGAGUGGUUUGCCCGGCGCUGGAGCCGUGCUGCUGGAGCUGGAGUUUCUACUGUUGCUGCUCGACCUGGAGGUGCUCGUACUGGUAGUACUGGAGCUGCUGGGACUGGGGCUGCUGUUGGAGUUAGUUCUGCUGGUUGUCCUGCUGGAGCUACUGGCGGUCCUGGAGCUGACGGUCCUGCUGGAGUUGGUGCUGCUGGAGCUGGAGCUGCUGGAGCUACUGGAGCUGGAGCUGCGGGGGGUGUUGGCGCUGGUGGUGCUACUGGCACUGGUGCUUUUAAGGGUGCUGGAGUUGGCGGGAGGUGCUGCUGGUGCUAGUGCUGCCGCUGGGGGUACUGGUUCUGUCCCUGCUGGUUCUGGAGGCGCUUCGCGGCCGAGGCCGUACUUCGUUCCCCUUUUUGUGCAGGUUCUUGGUCUCCCGCCCUCUACUGGUGCUGCUCCUCCCUUAGAGUGUCCACAGACUGUCCAGUCGCAGUCACAGUUACAGCCUGCCUCCCCCCUGCCUGCUCCCUCUCCCUACACUGGUCCUACUGGAGGUCUUGCUGAGCGUCGUGAGCCUGCUUCUCGUCCUGCGUCGCCUGUUCGUGCUGCUCUCACUAGUCAUCGUGCUCCGCGUCCGCGUCCUCCUGCGGUCCCAGGCACACACCUGCGUCCUUCCUCUGCUCCUCUGCGUGUCCCGUUGCCGUCUCCUCCAGAGUCCUCUCUUCAUGUCCUUCCUGACCCGGAGCCUGACUCUCUUCGUGCUGCCAAUCCUACUGUCACGCGUCUCCUGGCUACUGUUGUCACUGACCCUUCCUUUGAGUCCACUGCUGCGUCUGCCUUGGUUGCUGAGCUCGUCGACUUUGCUGCUCGCUGUCGUCUAGACUACGCCGCUAGCCUUGUUGCUGAGUCUAAGUCUGUCUGUCCUCCGUCCGUCGGGGGUGAGUGUGCUCUUAGCACGGACGUCCUUGAGGACAGGCAGGAGGAGUUCCAGUAUUUUGCUGUUGCUUUGACUCAUCUGGUGUCCACGCUGAUUGCCCCUGAGGGAGACCCGGAUGCACCAGACAUCCCGACUUCUCGAUCGUACGCUGAGGCGAUCGAGGGUCCCUACUCCUCACAGUGGCAGUCAGCCAUGGACGCAGAGAUGGCUUCUUGGAAGUCCACAGGCACCUACGUCGACAAGGUUCCCCCAUCGGGGGCGAACAUUGUCAGUGGCAUGUGGAUUUUCAGGGUGAAGCGGGUGCCGGGUUCUCCGCCUGUCUUCAAGGCGCGUUACGUGGCUCGAGGCUUCAGUCAGCGGUAG